GCUCGUCGAUCCCGACGAUAGCCGUUUACUCUCGGCCCCGGCCAUGCCCAAACGCCCGACAACCCCCGAGCCUAGCGACGAUGAGCCGAGAUACUUCACCGUCGUGAACCCGUACCCAGCACACGCGAACAUGGAGCUGCCGCAGGACCGCAAAGAUUUCGCAUUCUGGCUGGCGUGCAUUGUCGGAAUGAAAGAUCUCAUAUCUUUCUUCCACAAGCCGAGCUCACCGAGCAUGGUCAUCAUCGAGAUCGCGAGAUCGUCCACAGCGGACACUCGUCUCCUUGGAAUGCACAAGUGGUCUGAAUUUCUCCGUAAUCCGGAUGAAUCAGAGAAGUGCCGCGUCAGCAAGAUUUUCUAUUGCACGCACAACACCGGAAGGAAGGUUCAGAAAACCGGCUGGAAGAGGAUCUACGUCGAAGAACACUGGUUUACGGAGGCAGGAUGGAAACCGAACAAUAAACUCAUCAUGCACCCGUACCCACCCUCGCAUUGGUGCCUACCACCACCGGAGGACAAGACUACAGCUGGGCUUUGUCGGCCGCUCCCUGUCAAGACCUUCCCGCCUCCACAGCCAGAACUUCAACCGAAACCCGGUUCUGAACAGUGGCUGAAGACACGCGGACCGCAGCCUAUACAACCCGUGCCACGCCUUCCUGGCGGGGCGUGGGCCAGGGGAGCACCGUCUGCCAGCGUUGCUCCGAAGAUCGCCAGCGGGAAGUCCGCGCCUUCGCCCAACGCGUUCAUGCAGAUGAACGACGCCGGUCACAUGCGGCCAUCCGCUGGAGCGUGGCACUCAUUCGCAGCGACUCCUACCGCAUCGCCUUCGACAUAUACUCAGAUUCGAUACACCGCAAGCACCUCCGACGCACCUGACUCUUGGGAUGCGCUGAUCGCUAGAUCGCCCAACGAUCCCCUCUCCUGGGCCGAUGACGUGGCCCGAGCGUCACGUUCGCAUUCGCCAACGAGCUCGUCUGGAUACGAAGCUCCGUUAGUCCCCCCAGGUCUCACCAAACCGAUUCGUAGUUCCCCUUUGACGGUCGGUGGUCCGCCGCCAGGGUUGACGGACGCUGAGACCAGCGAUGGCGACGAGUCUUUGCCUAGAACUGGUGUUGAUCGGGAGUUCGAUAUGAUCGCUGCUCUCGAGGAGGAAUUCGGCAGCGUCAGCGUCGCUGCAGAACCGGAAGCAGGGGCAGGAACUGUAGCAUCAGCUGCUGCGGAAGAGGAGACGGAUCUGUGGGCGGACUACAUGAAACCUAAGGACGCCCCUCUCCUGCCCAGUCAGCGAGACUGCCCCGAACAUGGACGCACUUGCAAGAAGGGCAUUUGCGCCCAGUACGCCAAGAUGAAGCGGGACCAAAGGAGGGAACAGGAACGUCAAGAAAGGGACACAGCGCGUGAAGAAAGGGCCAUGGUCCGAGCAAGACGAGGUCGCGGUCGCGGUCGCGGUCGCGGUUCUUCUGGUCCUCAAGCACCACCCGCAUCACAAGGUCGGCCAGCUGAUCGUGGAUCUGCAACUGGCCUGCCGUCACCUGCGUCCCAACGCUCGCACUCCGAUGGCUCUGCCACAACCGCGGCUUCCGGCGGAGGCAGAAAUGCGUGGGUGCCAACGCCUCAGAGGGGGGACCAAUCCGAGGCAGGCUCGGCUGCCUCCUGGGGUGUCAUGUCAGAGGAUCCGUGGGGCUCAAAGACCCCUGUCGCUUGGGACAAGAGCAGCAGCACCGGUUCCGCAUCGACGGUGACGUCCGCCAGAGAUGCGAAACCGAACUCCAUGGUUAGAUCCGCUAGCGGGGCGGCGUGGGGCGGAAGCACCGGCUCUUGCAAAGGCGGACGAGCCCCGAGCGUGGCGGGUAGCCAGUCUAGUAGUGCAUGGGGUACAUACUCCAACGAUCCCUGGGGAGACUGAUGUCUAUACUACUCAGUACGUUCUGCCUGCUAUCUGCUUGCAUUUAUAUCUCUAGGCUCGAAUGUUUGAUUUUGUGCUCUCGUCGCUCUACCUGUACAUCUAUACCUUUAUCGUGUUAUCGAGUUCGUCA